AUGUCCAUAAAAUGCUUUUGUGAUCCUUUUCUGAAUGGAACUGAAUUUGAUUUCACUCCAUGCAACAACACAUCCUUCAACCACACUGGCAAUGGAAGUGAAGCUUGUCAGCCCCAAACACUGGAAGAUAUCCUGCUCAGACUCCUUGGGCCAAGGAGGUCUCCAUUCUUCCUCCCAGUGACACUGACUUACAUACCUAUCUUUGUCACUGGUGUGUUGGGGAACCUUCUCACCUGCACUGUGAUCAGUAAGCACAGAAAGAUGAGAACACCUACCAACCUGUACCUCUUCAGCUUGGCCAUCUCUGAUUUGCUGGUGCUGCUGUUUGGAAUGCCUCUGGAGAUAUAUGACCUGUGGCAGAACUACCCUUUCCCAUUUAGUGAGAGCAUUUGCUGUUUCAAAAUAUUUUUGUUUGAGACAGUUUGCUUUGCAUCUGUGCUCAAUGUCAUGGUUCUGAGCAUUGAACGCUAUGUGGCUGUGGUCCACCCACUCAAGACUCGAUAUGCCAUCACCAACAAACAUGCCCAGAGGGUUAUUGGAGGGGUUUGGGCUGUGUCUCUGGUCUGUGCCAUCCCCAAUACCUCCCUCCAUGGCCUGCGUUAUUAUUAUCUACCUGAGAAGGUCCUAGAGUCAGCCACCUGCAACCUUCUCAAGCCCCAGUGGAUCUACAACUUGGUGAUCCAGGUGACCACCAUUCUAUUCUACUUUGUGCCUAUGGCAGUGAUCAGUGUGCUCUACUUAGUGAUAGGGAUAAGGCUGGGCAGGGAGCAGAGGCAGAAAGGUAGAAAACUGGGGAAGAAUUGCAGUGCAGACACAAGCUGGAAGAUCCAAGUUGAGAGUGGACGCAGAAGACAAAUCACCAAAAUGCUAGCUGUUGUGGUGUUGGCUUUUGCUAUCUGCUGGGCUCCAUUCCAUAUCGACAGACUCUUGUGGAGUUUCAUUACUAAUUGGACCGACCACAUGCACAACAUCUUUGAGUACGUGCAUAUCCUCUCCGGAGUGUUGUUUUACCUCAGCUCCGCCAUCAAUCCUAUCAUCUACAACCUUCUCUCCAGCCACUUUCGACAGCAAUUUCUCGAGCUGAUGUGUCGACACCCAGAAGUCAACACCUCACGGAGCAAUUCUCCACCCAACAGCAAGAGGAUUUCUUCCCAUAAAAGCAACACAGCUAUCAGAACCAACUCUCAUGGCCACAGCAGCUAUCCAAAAGGGCCCCAACCUUCUGUUAUCCUCAGCACAGGAUGGGAGCAGGAGCUUGACACUUCCUUUAUGUAACGCAGUGUGUGAACUUUUUACUGCCCUCAACAUGGACAUUUUCUUAUCCAGUGAACGGAGGUGUCAUUCUUUU